AUGGCAUUGUCCCUUGCGCUCAUGGUGCGCCUAGCCCUGGUUGGCCUGGUGGUAUUCACUUCAAUUGCCUCAGCCCUGCCGGCGCCUCAAGUCCCUCGCAGCACGGUUCAGGAUCCCGACACUGAUCCGUUCUACCAGCCACCUGCUGGCUUCGCAUCCGAGGCGCCUGGGACAAUCCUGAGCCAACGCAACAUCACUGCCGCGUUCUUUGGCCUCGUCCCGGUUGACGUGGAAGCCUACCAGCUGCUUUACCGCACGACUGCAAUCAAUGGCUCGGCUAUUGCAACAGUUACCACGGUGUUUAAGCCGAAGGACGCUAAGCUUGAUCGUUUCGUUUCCUUCGCCACGGCCUACGAUAGCUCUGCGACGAAAUGUCAGCCUAGCUACACCUACCAGCUUGGUUCACCACAGGACAGUUUGAUUGCUUCAGUCGAGCUAUUGAUCAUUGAUAUCUACCUUGCUCUUGGUUACACCGUCGCUUCUCCCGACUAUGAGGGACCCGAGGCUGCCUUUGGACCUGGUCGCCUCGCAGGUAUGGGUGUAUUGGAUGGUAUCCGUGCCGCGAAGAGCUUCAAGACGUUGAGUCUUACUGAUGACCCUAUGGUUGUCGGCAUAGGCUAUUCAGGUGGUGCCAUUGCUACCGGAUGGGCAGCCUCUCUGCAACCCCUCUACGCAUCAGAGCUGAACAUCAAGGGCUGGGCGCAGGGUGGAACUCCCGCGAACGUCACUGGCACAAUGUAUCAGCUUGACAACACAGCCUUCAGUGGCUUACUCCCCCCAGCUAUUGCUGGUCUCAUAAAGCCAAGCGCCUACGGUGCUUCGCUGGGCCCUUUCAUCAGCGAGAUCAUAACGGCUGAAGGCCAACAGAUACUCGACGCCGCAGUUUCCGAAUGCGCCACUGCGGAUAUCGCGGCGUUCUUCGAGCGGUCAAUCUUCGACACUAGCUUCCAAACUCUAGGCGAAAAUUUUAUCUUCGACCCGAUCGCCCAGUCGGUGCUAAAGCAGAACACCAUGGCUGCCAACGAGGACGAGACCCCGGCGGCGCCAACCUUUGUGUACCACGCCACAGACGACGAAGUCAUUCCUUAUGCCGAUGCCAAGACUAUGGUCAAUUCCUGGUGUAACUGGAGUGCAAACGUCAAGUUUACUACUUAUGCCAGCGGUGGUCAUGGAAGAUGUCAAAGUACUCAGAUAUAA